GGCUGCUCUUUCCCUUCCCUGUAACCGUCCCCAGCUUUGGACCAGCGGGAAGUAAAAGACUUGAGCGAAGCGGCGGGAGAAGCGGCGGGGCUGGAAACGAAAGGCAGGAAUUACCGCUGGCCUUCUCACCCGAUGGCUGCCACCCUCCAUCUUCCCCAUGGGGACGACCGAGACAGCCUCCCUUGCGCUGCCCCCACGCCGCUCCCGCCCCCACCGUCCCAAAGCCUGAGCCCCGAUCCCGAGGUGGCGCUCACCCCUGAGCGCAGCUGCACGGGAAGAGCGGGAGGCGGCAUCCUUCGGCGACCGCGGCAGCAGAAACUCCCGCGCAGACAGGUCCGUUUCAGGCUGGGAUCCAUUCCCGAGGAGCUCAGGAGGAGCAGCCUGGACCCCUCCAGAGAAGUGGGAAAGGCCCAGAGCAUUUCCAGCAGCAGUAGCCCCCCUGUCGCCAUCACGCCGAAGACCGAGCCCGGGAGGGGUUCGUCAGGGGACGGAUGGCACCAGUCCCCCAAUAUGCUGACCACUCCCAUCCCCCACAGUACGCUUGCGUUGGGGGCCGAGGUGCAGGCGGUGCGAGCACAGGAGUUCGACGCCCGGCAGGCAGCAGAGGAACUGGUGCAGCGCUCUUUCGUCGCCCGUUGUGCCGUGGGAGCUCGGGUGGGCGAGGGUAUGAACAUUCCUCGAGACCAGCAACUUUAUCAAGGUCUGGUCAGCCUGCACGUGCCGGAGGAGGAAUUGCUCAGCUCAGCUGUGCAAGAGCAGCUCCUGCUCGUCCGGCACCGCACCGAACCCCGGAAGCAGGAGCUGGACUGUGCAGGCCCCGAUCUGCUGGCGUUCUACCACCCAGAGGAGUUGUUCACAGAGAGCCCCUUCCUGGAGGUAGAGGGGCUCCCGGCCCUCAAGCUACAACCCCGGACACGGGAUCCAGCCACCACUUUCUUCAUGUACCGGAAGCUGCAGCAGUGGGACAGUUGAGAGAGGGAGUGGGCGCAGGUGCCUCCGACGCUGCGGCUGGUGCCCCCCCUCCCCCAAAACGGGACUUGGACUGCCUUGCAGAAGGCUAUUUACUCAGAAGGAAUCCCUUUGCC